AUGGAGGCUUCACCCAGGAGGCGCUCAGCUGUGAAUAUUUUUAGCAACUUUUUUCAGGGUCGGAGGCAUUCUUCCUCUGAUCCCUUUCUCCGCAUACUUCAAAGGCGCCGGAGCUCAGUUGUAGAGGUCCUCUCAUCAUCCACACACCGUGUUAUGGUGGCCAUAUCAUCUGUAAGCCCUGCAGAGCUGAAUGCAACUUUUCCUGAGAGAAAAAGAAAUUCAAGGCGUCCAACCGCAAAAUAUACUAAAGUAGGGGAACGCCUUCGCCAUGUCAUUCCUGGUCAUAUGCAGUGUUCGAUGGCAUGUGGUGGACGUGCUUGCAAGUAUGAAAACCCAGCUCGAUGGAGUGACCAAGAGCAAGCCAUUAAAGGACUUUACUCUUCCUGGAUAACAGAUAAUAUAUUGGCCAUGGCUCGACCCUCAACAGAAAUUAUUGAGAAGUAUAACAUUAUUGAGCAGUUUCAAAGGUGUGACAUAAAAACAGUAAUUAACCUUCAGCGUCCUGGGGAGCAUGCUAGCUGUGGGAAUCCGCUGGAACAAGAAAGUGGCUUUACCUACCUUCCUGAAGCUUUCAUGGAGGAUGGAAUUUAUUUUUAUAAUUUUGGAUGGAAGGAUUAUGGCGUGGCAUCUCUCACUACUAUACUGGAUAUGGUAAAAGUGAUGGCUUUUGCCUUGCAGGAAGGGAGGGUAGCUGUUCAUUGUCAUGCAGGACUUGGCCGAACAGGUGUUUUGAUAGCUUGUUACUUAGUUUUUGCAACAAGAAUGACUGCGGAUCAAGCAAUUCUUUUUGUUAGGGCAAAAAGGCCUAAUUCUAUUCAAACCAGAGGUCAGUUAGUGUGUGUAAGAGAAUUCACUCAAUUUUUGAUCCCUCUAAGAAAUGUGUUUGCUUGCUGCGAGCCCAAAGCACAUGCAGUUACUCUGUCCCAGUAUCUGAUCCGUCAGAGGCAUCUGCUCCACGGCUAUGAGAGUAGACAUCUCAAGUAUGUGCCAAAACUUAUUCAUCUAGUUUGCAAGCUGCUGUUGGACUUGGCUGAAAACAGGCAAGUGAUAGAGGAGGAAUUGUUAGAUAUACCAGAUCUCUCUUCUGAAAUUGAAGAGGCUGUUUCUCAGUUGGACUCUACACAGCUAGAUAAAGAGUUAACAAGACAGAACAGUGACACAUCAGAGCCAUUCUCCCACUCAGUAGUGGGAAAUGUCACUUUUGAGACCCAGGAUUCUGUUUUCUCCCAUGAGCACAAAUAUGAUCCUCUUUGGAAGAGGCGGAAUGUUGAAUGCCUUCAGCCUUUGACUCAUUCAAAAAGACGUCUAAGCUAUAGUGACUCAGAUUUAAGGAGCACUGCAUUUCUCUUGGAACAAGGAGAAACUCCAUGGACAGUGCCUGCACAAGUACCACUCUUUGACAAACUUAAGCAGCAGAACACUAGGGAACAUUUUCUCUCUUCAGGCAUUCAAACUCCUCAGCUGGAUUUAAACAAAGAGGCCUUAGUUCGUAGUACAUUUAUUUUCUGGAGUCAAGGUAAAUUCAGUUUAGAUGGACAAAACAAUUUCUAUACAAAAAAAAAGCCAAAAGAAGUGCAGCGUAGUAAAACCUUUUCCUCAGGUUUUGAACGUGUACACAAUGACAGGGAAGCAAGAACACCAAAACGUAGUUUUGCAAAGGAAAUUGGUCACAGAAAGAAGCGAGAGACUAAUGUGUAUGGCAGAAGAAUUUGUGCAUCUGAGGACUCUGAUAAUUCUGCUUUAGAAGAAGAAUCAUCUAUUGGAUAUGAAAGUCAAGAUAGUAAAGACCUAUUGGAAGCAGUUCCAUACAUUGUUUUGCAAUCAGAAUUAAGUCUGGAAGCACGAAGAAUUUUGGCAGCUAAAGCCCUUGCAAAUCUUAAUGAAUUUAUGGGAGAGGAGGAAGUGAAACAGAAGGUAGAAAUAUGGCAGAAAGAACUGAAUUCUCGAGAUGGAGCUUGGGAUAGAAUUUGUGCCGAGAGAGAUCCUUUUGUCCUUUGCAGCUUGAUGUGGUCCUGGAUAGAGCAACUAAAAGAACCUGUUAUAACCAAAGAGGAUAUUGACAUGUUGUCAAAAAAAUGCACAGAAUCACCAGAAACUCUUAACUUACUAGCAAAGGAACAAUAUCAGACUAUUCUUUGUAUUUUCCAUUGUGUAGUGAAUUUGCAGACAAUACCAGCUGAUGUGGAGAAAGCCUUACUUACCCGGGCCAUUAAAGCUUUCACUAAGAUAAGUUUGGAUUCUGAAAAUGGACCACAGGUUUACAACACUCUGGGAAAACUAUUUAAACAAAUACUGGAAGCAAAAAGAAAGGAGGCCAAAAAAGAAACAGAUAACCCCUCUUGA